GACGUGCCGCCGGCGGAGCUCGGGGAGCGCGACGUCUGCGUCAAGAUGCUGGCCGCGCCCAUCAACCCCUCCGACAUCAACCGCGUCCAGGGCGUCUACCCCGUCAGGCCUCCCCUCCCCGCCGCCGUCGCCGGGUACGAGGGCGUCGCCCAGGUCCACGCCGUCGGCCCCGCCGUCACCCGCCCCAUCUCCCCCGGCGACUGGGUCAUCCCUUCCCCGCCCUCCUUCGGGACAUGGCAGACCUACAUUGUGAAGCCGGAAGAUGUGUGGCACAAGGUCCGCGACGAUGUGCCUCUGGAAUACGCUGCUACUGUCACGGUCAACCCCUUGACGGCGCUCAGGAUGCUGCGCGACUUUGUGGACCUCAAUCCUGGUGAUGCUAUUGUCCAAAACGGUGCGACCAGCAUCGUUGGCCAGUGCGUUAUUCAGCUCGCGAAAGUUAAGGGAAUUCGCACCAUCAACAUCAUAAGGGACAGGCCUGGCUCAGAAGAAGCAAAAGAGAAACUUAAACAGCUUGGUGCAGAUGAGGUAUUCACAGAAAGCCAGCUAGAUGUAAAGAAUGUCAAGACCUUGCUGGGGUCUUUGCCAGAACCUGCGCUAGGAUUUAACUGUGUUGGAGGAAAUGCUGCAUCUUUGAUACUAAAGUUGUUAAGGCAAGGGGGCACCAUGGUUACAUAUGGCGGAAUGUCCAAGAAACCUGUGACUGUUUCUACUUCAUCUUUCAUUUUUAAGGAUCUUUCCCUCCGAGGCUUCUGGCUACAGAAGUGGAUGAAUUCGGACAAGGCAGAGGAUUGCAGAAUAAUGAUAGACUACCUGCUGGCCCUUGUGCAGGAAGGCAAACUUAAAUACGAGAUGGAGUUGACUCCCUUCAGCGAGUUUGGCCUGGCUCUUGACAAGUCCCUUGGCAAACACGGAAGCCAGCCAAAGCAGGUUCUUAGGUUCUGAUAAGAUGAUGAUGAGCUAACUAGUUUUGUGUCGGCCCUGGUGCAAAUAUUUUGUAUGGAUGUGUCACUCUUAUGAAUGUGUGUCAGUGUGUGGUUAGUCUAUGUUUUUUUUAGGUUAGCUAUGAGCUAUGGUUAUAUAUCCUGGGCAAACAGCAAACUGUUGUGAAAUGAAAUUUGUUGUGAAGUGGCCUUAGCUAGGCCAUGCUA